UCAAUAGAAAGCAGCGUGGUGGAAUGGCAUUGUUACUGAUCCAUUAAUAUUCUGUCAACGUAACUAUUGAGGAUUGAGCAUGUUCUCGGGAGCAGGGACUUGGAGAAGUGUCAAAAAGUACUCGGUUUUGAAAGCAUACUUGUGAGUUUCCUCAGUAUUACUUCGUAGUCAAGGUGUGAAACAGUGACUUAACACCUGCACCUGUACACAUUAACCUUAUCACCAACAGGACAAGACUUGAAUCAUUUGAUGGUUCAGAAAACACAAUGCUUUCACACGACAGUAUCUUCCGAACCUGCGUCAGAGGGAUCUUUAGUUGUCGCUGGAACAGUUCUUCGAAACGAACGGCAUGCUGCGGGUUCCUGUUUUUGUCUUUUGUGUCUAUACUUGCCCUGAGUUGGAUGUAUGUUUGUUAUAUUGCUUUCAAUGACCAGAGUGAUUUAAAUUGGCUUGCCUUUACAAAAAUCAAACAAUGGGUGAACUGGUACAUAAUAGUGAUGAUAAUCUCUGCUGUGAUAGCCACAUACUGCCUUCUUUUACUGAUAUUUGGACUGAUACAUUUUGCAAUCAGAGAACCGUUGGUCUUACACUGGCUGCAUAAGGUCUUUCUGUGUUUAGGUCUCCUCAUAGUCACCCUUGGUACAGCUGGAGUUAGUGUAAAAUGGAAAAAUGAGUGGCAAACGGUUUACAUGUCAUUUCAGGCCACUGCUCCUUUCCUGCAAUUGGGUGCUGUAGGGGCUCUGACUUUGAUCAGCUGGCUUGUCUUUCAGAGUUUUCAUAGAUCUCAAUCAGUUGCUUUCAAGGUCUUUAUAAUGGUAAUCUUCCUGGUAGUGUCGAUUGCUGUGUUUCUGUGUCCUCUUGUUAUCUGUUCUCCAUGCAUCACCAGCAAUCUUUCCCCAAGGCCGGCCCUCGUUGGACACCGUGGUGCUCCUAUGCUGGCCCCAGAGAACACACUGAUGUCUUUCAGGAGGAGUUUACAAUGUGAAGUGGAGGCAUUUGAGACGGAUAUACAGCUUAGUAAAGACAAGAAGACUUUUCUUAUGCAUGACGAUGGUGAAAACUUCCUGUUAAGAACGACUGAUGUGAAAGACAGAUUUAAAGGUCGAGAAAACGGCACGCACAGGGAUUUCACAUGGCCAGAGUUACAGCAGUUAAACGCAGGCAAAUGGUUUAUAGAGACAGAUCCAUUUUGGACGGUUUCAAGGCUCAAAGAAGAGGAGAAGAAUCAAAGUAAAGAGCAAAAGGUGCCCUCUCUCACCGAGCUCUUGGAUAUGGCCAAACAGCAUAAUGUCUCCGUCCUAUUUGAUCUAAAAAAUGAGAACAGCUCAAUAGACUUCCAUGACAGUGAUUCUUAUUACACAGUUAAAACUAUUAAAGACUCGGGCAUCUCACCAGAGAAGAUAUGGUGGCUUCCUUCGGAACAUAGACACAACGUGAGCAAAAUUGAACCAGGUUUCAAACAGGUGUACGAUAAUGUCCGCGAUAUGGAUGCGGAUGGCGGGAGCCUUCUGAAUGUGAAAUAUAGUUCACUGAGUGCUCGUGAAAUACGUGAUCUGCGAGAAAGAAAUGUGUCGGUGAACAUGUGGGUGGUGAAUGAGCGUUGGCUCUUCUCAUUACUGUGGUGCUCUGGGGUCACUUCAGUGACCACCAAUGCCUGCCAUCUCUUCAAAGACAUGCAGCAGCCUGACUGGCAUCUGAGCCCUAAUUGGUACAAGGGGAUCUGGAUCUCGGCUGAUGUGAUAUCUGUGCUGUUGAUGUUUGGAGUUUUUCUUUGGCAAAAGAGAAGAAUGAGGAUUAUCCGCGAAAAACAAAAUGAUAGAGGAGUGCCUCUGCUUGGUUUCUGAAUGAUGUCACCUGGGAUGUGAAUAAAGACAUUUCUGUUUCAACAUUUUAAAAUAUCCUAUAUCACUAACAGAUGUAAAUUACGUUGUAUGUGCCAAAAAUUAACAUGGUGCUUGUGUUUUAAAUGUAUAGUAGUUCACAUACUGUAUGCCAGGUAUUGGUGGGUUUGUUAUUACUUGUUUUUAGAACAGAUUGUGUGAUGCUGCCAUCUUUUGAUAAGUCAGGUCAUUUCAGCACAACUGUUACUUUUGUAUUUAAAUUCCUUGUAUAGAAGACAUUUUAUAUUACGUUUUUAUAACAUCAAUUUUUUACUAAAUUUUUUACUUUGUGUAUAGAUGUAAUAUGGAAUAUAAAUUUCAUUGACUUUUUGUAAUUAAAGGCAUUUAUAAUAAAAUGCAGAAAUUGCGACAGCAGUUGCAUUAUCCAUUGAAAACAUGCAUAUUAGUAAAAAAUACUAAUACUAAACAAAGUGAUUUGCGUCUAAAAACAUCCCAAACUGGUUUUACAGAUUUUACAAAGGACUGAACAUAGUAUUUUGAUGUUAAAAAUCUUGCUUUUUGUAUCUGUUUUGAAUCAUUUGUUUUCUAUUAUGUGACGAAUGUUAAAUAAAGACUUCACAAACACAUCAAUUUAGUGCAAAAAUGUU